AAGAGGUAGAUGCUAACAAACAGGUUUUGGCAGCCAACUCUGCCGCCUCUGGCUCCCCUGUCCCUGCCUGAGCAUCAUGAAGAAGCUCAGAAAGACCCGAGCCAACCAACUGGACAAGUUCAUCGAAGACCGCCUCCUGCCAGACGAGGAUUUCCGCACGCAGGUCAAUGAAGCCAUCCACAUCAUCUGCAGUUUCCUGAAGGAGAGGUGUUUCCAACGGGCCCCCCACCCUGUUCGGGUGUCCAAAGUUGUGAAGGGUGGCUCCUCAGGCAAAGGCACAUCCCUCAAGAGCCAAUCAGAUGCUGACCUCGUCAUCUUCCUCACCAGUCUCACAAGUUUUCAGGAACAGCUUCAGCACCGAAGAAGAUUCAUCAAGGAAAUUAGGAGACAGCUGGAAGCCUGCCAAAGAGAGGAAAUAUUUGAAGUGGAGUUUGAGGUCCAGAAACAGCGAAGGAAGAAGUCCCGUGCUCUCAGCUUCGUGCUCAGGUCCCCUCGGCUCCUCCAGGGGGUAAAGUUCGAUGUCCUGCCUGCCUUUGAUGCCCUGCGUCAGUUGACCAAAGGCUACAGACCUGACCCUGAAGUCUAUGUCCAGCUUAUCCAAGAGUGCGAGUCCCUGGGGAGAGAGGGCGAGUUCUCCCCCUGCUUCACGGAGCUGCAGCGAGCCUUCCUGAAGGAGUGUCCAACCAAGCUGAAGAGCCUCAUCCGCCUUGUGAAGCACUGGUACCAAAUGUGUAAGAUGAGACGUGGGAAAAAACUGCCCCCACAAUAUGCCCUGGAGCUUCUGACAGUCUAUGCUUGGGAGCAAGGAAGCAUGGAAACAGAAUUCAGCACAGCUCAGGGAUUUCGGACUGUUUUGGAAUUAGUCCUGAAGCACCAGCAUCUCUGCAUCUACUGGGAAAAGUAUUAUGACUUUGAAAACCCUAUUAUUGGACAAUACCUGAGAAGGCAACUUGCAAAACCCAGACCUGUGAUUCUGGACCCAGCUGACCCUACUGGAAAUGUGGCUGGUAAAGACCCAUAUAGCUGGCAGCUGCUGGCACAAGAGGUUCGAGUCUGGCUGAGGUACUCAUGCUGUAAGAAUUGGGAUGGGUCUCCAGUCAGCACCUGGAAGGUGCCGGUGGGACCUCCUCAUUCCCUCAUGUGACCUGAUAUUAGGCAUGUCGAAAUAACAACUUCUAGAAAUACUGCGUUAAAUCAAAUUGAAUUUCAUCUCUGUCUUUGUACUCUUUUACUGUGGUUACUAGAAAAUGUAAAAUUACACAUGUGUUCUGCCCCAGAAUGAAUCACUGGGUUAGACAAUAGGCUUACCAACUCACAUUGUCACCCCGUCUUGGUACCAAAAACAACAUUGCAUUUACAAAAGUCCAGUCAAUGAAAACUCCCUUAAGGGGCUUCCCUGGUGGCGCAGUGGUUGAGAGUCCGCCUGCCGAUGCAGGGGACGCGGGUUCGUGCCCCGGUCCGGGAAGAUCCCACAUGCCGCGGAGCGGCUGGGCCCGUGAGCCAUGGCCGCUGGGCCUGCGCGUCUGGAGCCUGUGCUCCGCAGUGGG